AUCGGCCAUGGCAAGAGUGUCCGACAUCUCCAGGAACCUUCAUCAGAAAUCCGUCUCUAUCUCCAGAAGUAUCACAGUACAUGAUCAGUCUGAAAUGGUGAAAGGCUCGAGCUGGCGAACAAGUCACAAGUGCUCGUGCAAUUGAUAGCACUGUCAUGAAGGCAUUAUACACUUACAACCUUUCAUAUCCAAAAGGAGACCUUGAACCCGUCAGUCAUCAAGAGCUUGAAGAUAACCCUGAGAACUGGGGUGGAUAUCGCAUCCGAGUCAUGCUUCAGACAUGCUAUGUCAUUGCCAUGCUUUGCCUACUCCGGUUUGAUGAAGCCCUUACAACCACAUGGGAUAUGGUACACUUUGAGAAGUGGGAGGGAGGUUUUCGAGUCCGAUUGGACCUUGUCAUGCGAAAGACUCAUCAGUAUGGUGGGAUUGCACCUUUUUACCUCUAUCCAAACCAUGAGAAACCAUGGAUGUGUCCCUGCCAAAUGCUCGCACUGUGGUGGAAAAUGAUGCGGGAUCUUGGAGUGGAUGUGCGAGAGAAAGGAACCUUUAUCUUCCGAAAGAAGAUUGGUAAGGAUCGCAUUUCGAGCAAGGCAGAAGAUGGCAUGUCCAGUGCUUCAUUUCUCACUUGCUUUCAUCACAACCUCUGUGACAUUGACAUUGAUCCCGCCAUGUACGGCACACACUCCUUCCGCCGUGGGGGCUGUCAGUACUUGGCUAUUGAGCUGCGUUGGCCGCUGCGCCAUAUAUGCACCUGGGGCAGAUGGGCCGAGAACUUUGAUAACCCCGGAACAAUCUUCAAGUAUCUCCUUUCAUGGGUCGACACACCUAUGCUCGACCGAUCCGACUACAUGAAUCCACUUAGGGCACCAGCAGCACAAUGCUCCACUUGCGGCCGUACCUGUUACUGUGCAUAGUCUGUACACUCAUCAAUAUAAUCAUUU